AUAUACAAUAGAGUUACAACCGAAAUAUUAAAUUAUCACUUUUUAACAGUUUAAUAUUUUAAUAGUAUUGCUGAUAAUUAUUUUAUCUGUCGAAGCUCUUGGGUAGGGGAUUAAAACGACUGAAAUGGAGCCGUUCUCAUAGGUGUCCUAAAAGCGCUUAGGGAAGGCCGAGUACAUGGAGGGUGCUUCGUUCGAAAGUAUCCUGCGCUACGUGUUGAAGAACAUGAAGAUCACGCAGGCACGGGCAAGUUUCCUGGUGAUGGAGGUGCUCAAGGCUGGAGUCGCACUAGGUCGGAUCAAGAGGACUCCUCGGGGCACUUACUUGCUAGCUACCGACAAAACCGCUCACAACAUCCUGCACCACGUCAGGGAGCCGCGAUUCACCGACGACAGCGACGACGACGUCUCCUCGGAAGAAAGCCUGUGAUCAGAACUCUGUCUACUGUGUCUUUGUUCAGUGAGAAAUCACGUCUUCAUCUUCUUGUUAUUUGUUACAUUCAG